CAAAAUAUUGAUCAAUUUAUCAGCAAUUUGGUACAGAAAAGAAUGUUACUGCUGUCUGGAAUUUACUUAAAGCGAAUGGGAUUCUGGAAUUGACUUUCAUAGCAAGUAACAUGCACAUUUUAACGGCCAGUGGAAGGAUUUAUGGAUAUAUUUAUAUCUUUUCCUUUUGCAUUAAGAUUACAUAACUACUUUUAUUUUAUUUGAAUCAAUAAUUAUUUGGCCAAAAAUAUGCGAAAUAAAACAAGAUUAAACUUUGAUUAUGGAUAUAGAGAAGUUGAUUUGAAAUUUAAAAUAAAAAAAAUUGAAUAAAAUAAGUUAAAAACGUAAUCUUAAAUUCUAGAAAUUAAUUAAUUAGUUUAAAAGCACGAAUGUAAAUAAGUCGACGAGUUCAGAGUAAUUAAACGCCCCUAUAAAGUAGACCGGAGCACAGGAGGAAAGAGAGGUAAAAACGCAAACGACGUCGUUUUCAUCAUCGAGGAAAAAGGGGGAAACCCCUGAAAUUUUUUACCGUAUUUGUUUCUCUUGUGGCUUCCACACGAACAAUUGCUUGCUCGCCGCGCUCAGUCUCUGGUUUUGCUACUUCCAUUUGAAACGCUUAUAUUACUCUCGGAGGAACCACAGUAGGGAGUUUGAUGAACGGUGUUUCUAGUAGCUUAAGGGCAGCUUUCUCCUACUGUGUACAGCAAGUGCGGAGCUAUGAUUAUCAUCACUACCUCUGCCUCCUUGAGCUUCCUCCUGACAUGCGAAAGGCUGCAUUUGCACUCCGCGCUUUCAAUGUUGAAACUGCCAGAGCUAUGGAUGUUGCUUCUGAUCCCAUGAUUGGUCUCAUGCGCCUUGUUUGGUGGCAAGAAGCCAUUGACAAAAUUUAUGCUAACAAAUUGAUUGAGCACCCGACAGCACAGGCCCUCUCGUCAGUGAUAUCUGAAAGUAAAAUUAGCAAGGCUUGGUUGAAACGGUUAGUUGAAGCUCGGAUCAAUGAUGCUAGCAAAGAAGUUACUGACCUACCAGAGAGUAUUGAGGAGUUAGAGAAAUAUGCAGAGGAUACUGCAUCGACUCUUCUAUACAUGACUCUUCAGUCUGGUGGCAUCAGGUCUACUGCAGUUGACCAUGCAGCAUCACAUGUUGGUAAGGCAAGUGGCCUUCUUUUGCUACUGAAGUCACUGCCAUACCAUGCUAGCCGCAACCGUCACUUUUCUUACAUACCAGCUAAAGUGGCAGCCAAGCAUGGGCUGCUAGUUAAGGAGGGAGGUCGAUCAGAGAUCCGCUUGGAUUCUCGUGAGGGCUUAUGUGAUGCAGUUUUUGAAAUGGCAUCAGUAGCCAAUGCCCAUUUGCUGAAAGCCCGUGACUUAGCUGAUGCUGUACCUUUUGAGGCUCGAAAAGCACUUCUAGUGGCUGUGCCUGCCCAAGUUCUCUUGGACUCCCUCAGCCGUGUACAGUUUGAUGUGUUUGAUUCAAGGUUAGCAAGAGGGGUUCUGGGUGAACCUCCACUGUGGUUUCAGUUGAAAUUGAAGUGGUAUUCAUGGCGGGGGAAAUACUGAAAGUUUUAUUUUUACUGCUUGUCUGUUGAAUGGAUAAUUUUUCAUCAGGUGGCAAGCGAAACCAGAAGCAAGAGCUUUGUUGUUUUUGUUCUUUUACAAUAAGGGGAUUGAGUGUCCUCAUGAAACAUGUUUGUUAACCAUAGAACUAUGUGGUUAAUAGCUAACUUUGUGCUCCUUUCUAACUUAUUAUGGUUUGAUUCUUAGUGAUUCUUAAACUCUGUUAUGUGACAUCAUUAGAAGUUGCAUGUUCAAUUUACAGGU